UUAAUGUUUACAAUCAAAUUUAUCGUUGACAUAUUAAUCCUUCCUCCUUAGAAGAUAACCAAUAUAACGUGAGAAAAAAUGACAAAAUAUACUGGUAUGAAAAUUAUAUCACAUAUGGGAUGCAGAAUUUUUUUUUUAUGCACAUAAACUUGGAUUAGACAAUGUGAAAGUGAAAUUAUCUGACAUUAAUUUGCAUGUAAAAGAAAACAGCUAUUACUACAUGACAUUAAGUUGUUUACAAAAGUUUUGAUGGACAUAUUUUAAUUCUUUCCGAAUUCAAAGCUUAAACAAAAUUCAUAAGUGCAAAAUUACGUUAUCUUAUGAUAGUGAUAAACAAAAUUAUGCAAUAUUUAGCUAAGACAUUCUAAUGGGAAAUUAGAUAAAUUUAUCAAGAACACAUUGAAUAGACUUCAAUAUAGUUUCUGUGGAUUAAUUUUCAACAUGUCUUUUAUAAAGGAUAAUAUAAACAUGCUUGUAAGCAACAUACUACGAACAGAUGAUCUUCCGCCAGUUAGACCUACUAUCAGUAGAAGUAUGACUUUGUCAGCUGACAGCGAUGAUGUAUUUCUUGAAGAUGAUGACUCAAGUACUACACAGUUUACGUCACUAAAGUCCAAACCUGAAGAGAACAACAGAAGCAGCACUGGGUCGUUUGUCAUACUAGGCCUAAUAUUUCUGACAUCUAUCGUAGCUUUAGGGAUUGUUUAUCUAAAUUUCCCUAAGGUUGAAGAAUCAGAAAAGCAGCAUAUAAAAUUACCUAGAGAUAUAGAGGACGCUAAGCGAUUAGGAAAUGUUUUAUCUAUAUAUAAAGAUAAAUUUUAUAUACAGGUGUUAGGGGCUUAUUUUGUAACAUAUAUAUUUUUACAAUCAUUUGCUAUACCAGGAUCUAUAUUUCUCAGUAUACUCUCAGGAUUCCUUUUCCCAUUUCCACUGGCAUUAUUUUUAGUAUGUUUGUGUUCUGGUUUAGGAGCAACAUUUUGUUAUUCAUUAUCAUAUCUAGUAGGAAAACAAUUAGUCAUGAAAUAUAUACCACAGAGAGUUACAGAAUGGCAAUCUCAUGUAGAUAAACACAGAGAACAUUUGUUGAACUACAUCAUAUUUUUGAGAAUUACACCAUUUUUACCCAACUGGUUUAUAAACAUUACUUCACCAGUCAUAAAUGUUCCAAUUGUACCAUUCUUUGUUGGAACAUUUUUAGGUGUUAUACCACCGACGUUUAUUGCAAUACAAGCAGGUACAACAUUACAUCAGCUGACAUCAUCAAGUGACAUGCUAUCUUGGACUUCUAUAGGCAUGUUAGCAUUGUUUGCUGUUAUAUCUUUACUACCUGUCGUAUUCAAGAAAAAAUUACAAGAGAAAUUAGACUGAGAUUUGACUUGAUUUGUAAAUCUGAAGCAUUGAUGGGAUAACUGGUGGACAUUUUUGUUAUGCAUUGGUUAUUUAUAUUAUGUAUAUCUUAUUAUUGUAUCCAUUUUAUUUCAACAUCUAAUUUAAAUUCUUGAGUUACUGAAUAUCUGGUAUAUGUCUGACUUGUUAUUCAUAUCUAUUAAAAAAAAUCUAUAUAAAAAAAAUACAACAUUUUCAGGUUAUGUUUUCAAAUAUAUAUGACAUAUCCCAAUGGAUACAUUUAAAACUGUUUAGAACUUGAUAUAUGAUCUGUAUUGUCAUUUUUUUUAAGAGGGAUAAAGAGACCUGUUGGGUAUGUUUAAAGAACUGGGGACCAUAAAUUUGUUAUAAUUUACCAUAUUCUUAUUUUGAAAAUUUACAGUAAAUACUUGACUGUGAAACUUAUAUUUAUAGUAAUAGAGAUUAUUUUAUCUAUGCAAAAUUAUUUAUUGAGAAAUAUCAAGAAAUUCAGUAAGAAAUUAAGUGUUAAAAUACAAAGAAUCCAGUACUAGUAUAAACCAGAUUAAACAGAAGCCAUUUUGUUCACAUGUUGAAAUAUCAAAGAAUGCUAGUUGUACACAUAAACAGUGUUAGACAAGAGUUUAAGUCAAGACCAGUUUCACUGUAUGUAAGCUAGUCAGAUUUUAUAAACAUGUAAAAUUUAUUUGCUUGAACCAAGAAUAUGAUGUAGUUUGGCAGAAUUGUUUCUGUAGAUAUACCUCAGAUUAUUAUAGUUCUCUGAUAUUGUAUAUUGUGUAUGGUUUUGUGUUGUUGUUCAAUUAGAUAAGUGAAUUUGUUACUAGUAAUUCAGAAAUUAUUGAGAUGUUUUUAUUAUUGUGAAAAAAUGCAACAGGGUUAUAAUCGCAAUAAUUAAAACUCGCAUUUGAAAUUUUUUAUAUGAAUUAAACAGGAUUUUUUUUUAAAUUAUAAAAGUUCAAAUCACAUUUUAAUCUAAAAUGACAAAAUUGCAAUAAUAAAUGCUCUCAAUAAUUUCUGAAUUUACAGUUCCUGUCAUAUAAACUGGCAAUUAAUUCUAUGUUGAUUUUAACAGAUAUACAUGUACAGAAUUAUUUCUUAUUUCAUAUUUUUAGUUCCUUGAAUUCUAAAAAUUAUGAGGUCAAAUCAACCUAAGACAUUUAAAUGUCACAAAUAAUUAUUUAUUAUUAUUUAUAAUAUUUGAUUUGAUAGGAAGUUGUAGUCUGACAGUUUAAAGCACUUUAUAAUUCAUUAAUUUUGUAAUGAUUUUGAGAAUAACAUUUUUCAACAUGAGAUCAUUGUACACAUAAUAUACAGACUAUGUAUUAAUUGUAGUUGUUCAAAUUAGCUGCAGAUGUUUUGUGUUUGGUUAAAUUUGUUUAUGUUGUAAAAAUUGUUUUUGGAACUUUCAAAAGGUGCUAAAACUUAGUUAGUGGUGCCAAUUCUAUUUAGUAUUGUUUAGAAUUGUUGUUCAUUAUUUCAAGUACAUUUGUUAGAAUUUAAAUACACUGUCUACAUGGUAAUUAUAGAUUAACAAUGAUCAUCUCAACGAGAUUGAUUUUCGAGCAAUCGAAUUGAAAUGACCAAUGAUAAUCUGUUUAUUGCUAUUUUUCCUAUGACUACCUUGUUAAUUUCACUGACAACGGGCAUGUGUGUGCGCCCUUAGUUUCUAGAAAUAAUUAUUAAUAUCAUUCUUUUGUGCUGAGAAAGGAAUUUUUCAGUCAGUAAGAUCAAAGGAAAAUUUUGUAAAAUAGAGAUAACAAAAGAUACACAAGAGUAUACUUUAUGUAGAUUUACACAGUUUUUAAUUGAAAAAACAGAUCCGGUGUCCUGUGUUUGGGAUCUUACAAUGAAUGCUCUGUUCAAUUUUGUGUUCAAAUGAUUAUUACAUUAGGGGUCAUCCAUAAUUGUCAACCAUUUUCCAAAGUGUACAAAACUUGGGGGAGGGGAUUUACCGUACGCUUUUUGUCGAGUCUGCAACUUCUGUUGCAGAAAGCUCGACAUAGGGAUAGUGAUCCGGCGACAGCGGCGGCGUUAGCUAACUUCUUAAAAGGUUAAUAUUUUAGAAGGUGAAAGACCUGGAUGCUUCAUACUUUGUAUAUAGAUGCCUCAUGUUACGAAGUUUCCGUCAGUCACAUGUCCAAUGUCCUUGACCUCAUUUUCAUGGUUCAGUGACUACUUGAAAAAAAAGUUCAGAAUUUUUGUAAUGUUUAAUUCUCUCUUAUUAUAAGUAAUAGGAUAACUAUAUUUGGUAUGUGCGUACCUUGCAAGGUCCUCAUGCCCAUCAGACAGUUUUCAUGUGACCUCGACCUCAUUUCAUGGAUCAGUGAACAAGGUUAAGUUUUGGUGGUCAAGUCCAUAUCUCAGAUACUAUAAGCAGUAGGGCUAGUAUAUUUGGUGUAUGGAAGGACUGGAAGGUGUAUAUGUCCAACUGGCAGGUGUCGUCUGACCUUGACCUCAUUUUCAUGGUUCAGUGGUUAUAGUUAAGUUUUUGUGUUUUGGUCUGUUUUUCUCAUUCUUUAUGCAAUAGGUCUACUAUAUUUGUUGUAUGGAAUGAUUGUAAGGUGUACAUGUCUAGCGGGCAGAUGUCAUCUGACCUUGACCUCAUUUUCAUGGUUCAGUGGUCAAAGUUAAGUUUUUAAGUGUUGGUCUUUUUAUCUAAUAUUAUAUGCCAAAGGUCAACUAUAUUUGGUGUAAGGAAAUAUAUUAUGAUCUAUAUGUCAGUCCCGCAGGUUUUAUUUGACCAUGACCUCAAUUGCACGGUUCAUUGCACAGUGUUAAGUUUUUGUGUUUUGGUCUAUUUUUCUUAAACUAUAAGUAGUAGGUCAACUAUAUUUGUUGUAUGGAAGCUUUGUUAGCUGUACAUGUCUGCCUGGCAUGGUUCAUCUGACCUUGACCUCAUUUUCAUGGUUCAUUGGUCUUUGUUUAGCUAUCUUGGUUAAUGUUAAGUUUAUGUGACAGUUGUAAUAAAGCUUUAUACUUAGGACUAUCAACAUAAUAUCAAUGAUUAGUAAAGAAGGCGAGACAUUUCAGUGUGUGCACUCUUGUUUUCUUUCUUCAUCAAAUAAAAGUCAGAUAUGUUUCACUUUCUUUUCAAUGCAAAUUUCUAUAUUAAACUAAACUACAAUAAACAGGAUCUUUUUUUAUUAAGAAUGAUUGAUUCUUGUCUUGAAAUCUGAAAAUGGUUGAUGUACACUUUUUGAGGGAGGGUGGGGGGUCUGAAAAAGUGUGUUUUGUACACUUUGGAAAAUGGUUGACAAUUAUGGAUGACCCCUUAUACAACGAAAUGUCUGCUUGCAGAUUUUUCAUGGUAUAUUUCUCUUCAUUUUAAAUACUAAGAUCUUAGGUUUAGAAGUAAAACAUAGCAUUGUUAGGUCUUUGUACGAAAAAUUGGCACUCAAGGAUUAAUUGAACCCAUUUGUAAUUUUUGUUCAUCUGAGUUGUGGACCAAGCUUUGCCUUAUUCAUGGUAAUAUAUCCUCCAUUUUAACUGUCAUUAAUCAAUGAUUUUAAAUGCUAUUUAUUUUCCUUUUAAAUUGAAAAUAAGUAAAUAAAAUGUAUUUCAUUUGAAAAAAUAUUAUUUUAAGUAUUCACUUUCUUUUCUAUUGUGACACUUUAUCCACAAGAAGUUAAAUUUGUGUUGACUGAAACCUAUAAUAGUCCAUUUGCCAAUUACCCAUUUGAUUCUGUUAUUACACACUUUUUAAACAAAUUACUUCCCUUUGCCAAUUGUAGACUGGUUCUAUACCGGACAAACUUGACCUUUGCCAAUGCAAAGCAUGAUGAAUUAAAAGUGAUGUAUCGGCGGUUUAACUAAUUUUUCAUGAAAAAUAAUCUGAAGUCUAAGGUAUUUAGCUUAACAAUAAAUUAAUUUAAUUAAAAUAUUUGGAAAACUCAAAAGCUACUUACAUUACGCACAGAUAGAUUGCUUUUUCUGCUAGCUCUCUAUUGUAAAUAAAAAAGGAAGGAAGACAACUAAAAAAGGGAUCUCUAAUUACAGGGUCAAUUACGGGAAUUGGCAAAUAGGCUAUUGCCACAUUAAUUUUUAACAUAGUUGAUUUUAUUGUACAUUAUAUAGUAUUUUGAAACAUUUAUAAGUUGUUUUGGACUCUGGUCUCUUCAGUUUCUCACUUAUCUUUCUAAACUAUAAGGUCGAUAAGUCACCUUUCAAAAUUCUAAAAUUUUUCACAAUUGAUUAUGAGAGUGAUUCCUCUACAAAGUUGUUUUGAAAAAUAAUUGUUGGGGCCGUGAUGGCCAAGUGGUCUAUGUAGUACAACUACUGCAUUACUAGCUAGUCAACCCUUGACUCCAAUGUAACUGGUUUGGAACACUUUUUCAGGAUUUCAAAUUAUGAAUUUUUGCGUUAAUGAGAUCGUUUUCUGUUUUAAUGAUAUUUUACUGCUAUAAUUGAUAGCGCUACAUGCAUUGUAAAACUAUGGCUGCUAAAUAAUUUAAUCAAUUUAAAAUUUUUGUGCUGUGCUUACUGCUAUAAAAACAAGAUUUUUUUCAAAUGUUUAUUAUUUAUUCAUGAGAUUGUAGAAAUAUAAAAACCAAUUUAUUUUUGUUUUAUCUUGGUUGAGUUCAAUAUCGUAGCUGCUAUCAAUAUCUAUGUAACAACUAGUCUAUAGCUACACGUUCAAAACUAUGUAGCUGCUACGAUAUUGAACGCAACCCAUAUCUAAUAGUUAGAAAAAAAAGAAUAAAACAAGUCACCUUCAAUAAUAAGCAUUUGUAAUGAUACAGAGUGCUGUCAACAUAGAAUAUGUUUAAUUCAAUUAUUUCAUUUAAGUUUGCAUCUUAUAAUUUAUAUGUUCCAUGUUUCAUUGUACUUGUAAAUUAAACAUUUAUUUAUUAGAAACUUUUUUGAAUCUCAGCGCAUUAUCUUACAUAAGCCAUGGUGUGAGUGAAAAAUUUAAAACUUAUUAUUUAAUUAAAAAGAUGGUAAUCAAAUUUUUUUUAAAUACUUCCAAUUUUUAUUUUGUUUUGAUUUUUAGAAUAUUUUGGUGUUUUAACAUAAAGAACUGUUCUAAACUUUAUGUCAGGGGAGAAAAGGUGGGGUCUAACCAAAAGCCAUCAACAAUAUACCUUUAAAAACAUUCCGACUGAUUAUUAAAGCUGAUGUCAAAACAUACAAUAACCCAUCAAAUUUUAAUUGUACCUCCACUUAUAUCAUGUAUAUAGAAUAGAUCUAAUUGAAAAACUAGAAUAUAUUGAAGAAUUAGAAUGUUUUAAAAAGCUGUUCAACAUUUUUAUUCAAAAUAUUUUGGGCAUUUUUUUUUGCAAUAAAAAAUUAAAGAUUUAAAUGAUUUGAAUAAUUUUGUCAAAGAAAAUCAAAAGAUUAACUCUUUAACUAAAUAAAAUAAUUAAGAUUACUGUUUCAAUUAUGAAUUGAAUAAGUGCUCUGUCAAAAUGAAUAUUUAAGAUUUGUUCCACUAAUUAUUGUAUAGUGGGUUUUGUAAGGCUUCAUGUACUGUCUUAAUGAUAUGAGAAACAGAAAUUUCUAUUCAUACAAUGUUCUGCCUCAAGUAAACUUGUAUAAUGGCUUAAAUAGGCUAAAUCUAAAAGUAUAUCUAUAUAUAAGAGCAAGUUAUAGCAUACUGAAGACUUUGUUAUAAUCAGUUGAUCAUUUCUAUUCAUACUUUUAAUUUAAUAUUAAGAACUAAUAAAAAUAAAAGGUC